GUUUAUAAUUUAUGUAAUUAUUUCAUGUUGUAGCAAAGGUAAAUAAAGAGCAAAGCUGUUUGGCUCUGCUAAUCAGCUAACGUUACAUGUAGUAAUGUUACAUUCAACACAGAAGCUUGUGUGUGUGUGUGUGCGUGUGUGUCUGUGUGUGUACGUACAAGACAUUUCACAUUGAAGCACUGUAUAGGAACUUGAUUCGUUUUGAGAAAACCACUUGAUCUAUGACGUCCGAAGCUUCAUUCGCCAGAAAACCACGUGACCGCUUCAGUAUCUUCGAAUCGAAUCAGUGCUGUGGAUCAGCUGGGUACAUGCGCGUGCACGCAAAAAGUUUUACCUGAAUUUCCUGCAGAUGUUAGAGCUCCACGGAUUCCUCACAGGGAAUUUUAAACGAAGCAGACUUCACUUAAUUUGUGAAUGUUUGUAUCAUUUAUGGACACUGUGGUUUCCCCUGUCGAUGUCCCAAUGUAUCAGACGCCGAGUUUUAAUGCGUUUACACGUCGCGUCUCACAGACCACGCACAGGGUUUUUUUUUUUUCUAAAGACAAUGGUAAAUGCAUUAAAUAAGGUGUUUACUUUUUUUCUUUGCAACGCGUGUGUAGACAGAUGUUCAGAAAUAGUCCUUAAAUAUGUGUCAGUGUAAUUUGAGCAGCAAUAUUGCUGUGGUUAAAGGGGCAUGUCAAUCGUUUAAUUUUCUUUCUUUUUUAUAUUGCUAAAGAAUGAGUGAUUAAACAACGAAUAGUUUAGCAUUAUACAUAUAAUUCUGAAUUAGUGACACACAUGGUGUUUUGACACAAAACCUUUAAUCAAUACAUAGCUUCAAAGCAGCUUAAUGUAAAAUGCAUGUUUCUUUUACUAUGAAGAAAAAUCUUGUCUCAUUAGAAAUAGUGUGUCAUUAAUGCAAACAAAUUUGAAUUCUGCUGUAAAGCAGCUCUAACAUUAGAACAAUAGUCAACUGUCAGUUUCUCAGUUAAAGUCAAUUCAUCACUGAUUCAGUGAAACCAUCCUCCUGCUCAGUUCAGUAGUGAUUUGCAGGGGAUGUGUCUCUGGGGCUCAUCUAGUUGUCCUGGUCUCCGCUGACAUUCAGAGCUGUUGUGGUCGUCUCUAGGUGCUGAUCCACCAUCUGGUCUGGAUACAGACUGGAUCUGGUUAGUUAAAAUCAUUCAGUUAAGCACAAACAUGUUGAAAAAAAUAUUUACAUAUUGUCAUGAUCUCAGUGAUUACAAUAUAAUUAUAUUUUUGCAGUUUCUCAUUUGGAUUCAGAGUUGGGAUUAUAUGAAGUGCCACACUGUAGUAUAUAAAGAGGCCCAUACUCAUUAGUUAUGAAACUGACAGAAGUUUGUGUCAUUUUCAGUUCAAGAACUCUGCUAUAGAGUAAAUAAUAACACUUUUCCUAUUCUAAUUAAUUUGGGAGAGAGGUAUCAUAUUUGUUAGGUGACGAAUUAUUAUGAGAUUAGUGAUGUGUACUGCAAUAUUAGCCAUAUACAUAAUUUAUCAUCACUGUAUCAUAUGUUCUUCCUAUGUCAGUAAUGAAAAAGUGGCUGCUGAGUGAUUGCCACAGGACUUUCAAACAAAAGACCGUAAUGAAAAAAAAAAAAAAAAAAAAAAACCUUAAGUCAGUAAGAAAGAGACUACAGCACGAUUCACUUUUAAUAAACACUGUCACCUUAAAAAUGUAAACAUGCCAUACAUGUGACGUAUAUCACUCACACAAAUUUUAGAAAAAAAUGCCUUAUUUGUUCAUCACAUAAACAGUUUUAAAGAGUUUGGCUUUGAAUCCUGUACUGCUCAUAACAUGAUUUCUACUGUUGGAAACACAAGUAGUCUGACAAGAGACCAGUAGGUCUUUAUGUAAAAUAAAAGCAGGAGUGCCCUCUACAUGUUCAAAGACAGACAACAGAUUCACAACAUUUCAGAAUCAGAAAGAGCUUUAUUGCCAAGUAUGUUUGCGCAUACAAGGAAUUUGUUUUAGUGACAUAAGCUUCCAGUAUACAGAGACACCAACACACAGACAAAAAAAAUGUAGACAAAUAAGUGUAUAAACAAUUGUGCUAUAACUGAUAAUGGAAUAGGAUUGAAUAAGAUUUAGCUAAAUUAAAGCACCUAACUGAGCAUAAUGUACAGCACAAUACAGACACAGUAUUAAGCAUAUAUACAAUUGUUAAUUUAAUUUAUUAUAUAAGAAACUGAAUACAGAUUUGUUCUAAAUGGAGUUCUAAGCCAAUGCAAACAUUGAUUUCAGAUCAGUCUUAAAUCCAAGAUGAAACUGUCUAGGGAAGAGGAUACAGAGGCACCAGAACUGAUGGUACAAGCUUGAGAUCUCAUAUAACAAAAUCAGCAGAGUAAGAUGCUCAAGGAAAGCUCAAGGUUAAAUGCCUACCUCGAACCACCAGUUUGAACUUCAUCCCUCUAGUUCCUGCCGUAAUAACGUCACUAGAACAGUUUUUUUUUGACUAACCUCCGCCCACAGGAACACGUAAAAAGGGGGCGUGGUCUUGAUGCGCUCCGAAGGAGAAGAGGAAGUGUUGUGUUUGUUCAGUGUGUUUGUAGCCAUGGCGUCGAAACGCUGUUAUUUUCAUCCCGGAGUCCAAUCAUGUUUGUUUGGCCUUCCCAGGGACGCUGUACUGAGAGAUCGGUGGUUACAAUUUAUGUUUCACUCUGUUCCAGAAAACUAUAAUCCACAUGUUAAACUAUGCGCAGCACAUUUUGCUGAGGACAGCUUCAUCAAUCUCAAUCAGUUUAGUGCCGGAUUCGCACAAAGAUUAUUCUUAAAAGAUGGAGCAGUUCCCUCUUUGUCUGGAGAAGGCGUUGUUUAUGGACCACAACCAGGAAAUUCGGGAAAAAACAGGCUCGAUGGGGAAGGUGACACUAUUGCAAGACCCUCCAAAACAAGGAACAGUUUAAAAAAAAUUACUACAAAGGUCCUGGAAGAUGUUACAGCCAGUUGUGACGAAGAUCUUGAUUUUUGUGACCUGGACAGUGUGGCCAGCAGUGUGGACAGCACAGCAGAGGAGAUGUUUAUUGAUGGUCUUGACCCUGUUCUAGAUGGGCCUUCACAUGACAUUUACACACCAGAGGAGGACUGUGAUUCAGAGCCUUCACAUGACAUUUACACACCAGAGGAGGACUGUGAUUUAGAGGCCAGACCACAGCAGAGAAAGAGAUCACGUCUGUCUUGCACAUCUUCUACUGUUAGUAGAAAUGGCAGGGAAAGUGAAAACUAUGGUUCAUCUGUAAUUUCAAAUGAAAAGUGGCAUAGCUCAGAUGAUGCUGAUAUUAAGCCAACCCAUCUAGACUUCACACCCGUCCAAGAACCUGGGGCACAGAUUUUAUCAAAUAGGUGCACUAGUCCUCUUCAAUAUUUUCAACUGCUGUUUCCAAAAAAAAUGUGGCAGACCAUUGUAGACCACACUAAUGACUAUGGAGCAAAGUGCCAAGGGAGAAAGGGCAAAGUGUGGGAGUACAUUUGUCAAAAAGACUUUAAGUCGUACAUAGCACUGGUAAUUUACAUGGGUAUGUUCAGGUGCUCUUCAUUGACAGACUAUUGGAGUGAGUCUGAGCACUUCAGUCUGUCCUUUCCAGCAAAAAUCAUGUCUUACAAGAAAUUUCUGUCAAUUUCCAAAGCCCUUCAUCUAAGUGAUAAGAAGGAGGAUGAGAAGAACAGUUUUAGGAAAGGAACAACAGGCUAUGAACGGUUAGGUAAAAUUCAACCUCUGUAUCAAGUCAUUCGUGAGGCCUGCAAGACCUUUUUUCAUCCUUUUCAGAACAUCACCAUCAUUGAAAGAAUGGUCGCAUCACAGGAGAAACCUGUACUGAAGCGCAGCGUGAAAAACAAAUCCCCAAAUAUGGGAUACAAACUCUUUGCUCUGACAGACUGCACCUGUGGCUAUACGUGGGACUUCUUUAUUUACGAGGGGAAGUCAUGUGCCUCACAGAAUGUGGGCCUGAGCUAUGAGUCCGUUAUGGCAUUGGUGGAUGAAAAUAUGUUGGGCUCUGGGUACAAAUUGUUUGUGGAUAAAUUUUACACCAGCCCCACACUCUUCAGGGACCUCUUGUAUAAAAAGAUCUGGGCUUGUGGCCCCAUUUGGGCAAACAGGAAGGGUUUCCCAAAAACAGUCGUGGACAGAUUGUCAAAGAACGCUCCACGCGGCACCAUGCGCUGGAUCAGGGAUGACAGUCUUCUGUUUGUUGAGUGGAAAGACUCGCAGGAAGUGCAGAUGUGCUCCACCUUCCACAAAGCUUAUGAAGGUGACACUGUGCAGAGAAAGGUGAAGGGUAAUGCACAUCGGACCCUUGUGGAGGUUCCCAUUCCAGCUGUGGUGCUGGACUACAACAGGAAUGUGGGGACAUUGGAGCCAUCCAGUUUCAUCACUGGACAUUACAGAGUCCUACAUAAACCAAAAAAGUGGUAUCAGUGUGUUUUUUAUCACCUUUUGGACAUUGCCGUAGAGAAUGCUUUCAUUUUGCAUAAACUGGUGGCCAAGAGAAAAAAACAAAAAACUCUGACACGGAAGAAAUUCCUUGAGAUGCUUGUUUUAGAGCUUACAGAAAUGAAUGCUGAGAACGAGUCUGAUUCUGCAUCGGUUUCCUCGGCUCAUCCGGUGUCCCCCGUCUCAUCUUCUCCUUCUGCUCCUGUCUCAGCUUCUCCCUCUUCUCCCGAAUUGUCAUUUCCUGAAGGAACCCACAGGCCCAAGCACUUCAUGCCAGACAGUGCACUCGGUAGGCGCAAGUGCAAGCUCUGCCACCUGAAAACUCCAGUCAUGUGUGUGACUUGUGAAGUGCCAUUGUGCUUUCAACCCAGGCGGGACUGUUUUAAUCAGUGGCAUGAAUUCAAGGUUUAUGUUCAUGAUGGGUUUCAAUUUGAAUCUAUGUAAAUCUGCUUGAAGUUUGCCCUGCUUCAUUUCCUGACAUUUUUGUUCUAAAAUUGAAACAAGUUUGGGUAGUAUUUCUAAUUUCAUCUGCUAACUCGACUACCGGUACUUUUGCCAUAGAAUAUGUGGAACAGUCAAUGGAGGACGUAAAAGUCUUGUGGAAUUAUGUCAAUGUCAGUGCUGCACUACCUUUCAAACUUUUUUCACAGCAGCUGCAUUUAUUUGAUUAAAAAUACUGUAAACCAGUCA